CCGGCGUUUGUACGGAAUAUUAAUUACAUAUUUAUUACAAGAGUUAAAUACAUAUAUUAUAAUUAUAAAAGAUUAAUUGAAUUUAUAUAAAAUGUUCCAACAAUUAACCAGACAAUUGUGCAAAAUUGUUGACCUCAAUUUUGCUACAGCUCAUCGCAAUAUUUGUGCCACAGCACGCCUUCUCAAAGAAGAUGCUUCAGCCGAAUCAAAAGCCCAAGAGGAAGAUCAGUCUAUAAUAAUAGAUAAAGAUAAAAAUAUAACGCUUAUUGGCAUUAACCGGCCACAGUCUCGAAAUGCCAUUAAUGCUAAAACGGCUGCCAAAUUAUGUGAAGCUUUUAGAACCUUUGAGGCCGACGAAACUUCUCCCAUAGCAGUGCUUUAUGGUGUGGGUGGUUCAUUCUGUGCCGGUUAUGAUAUUUUAGAAGUGGCCACCAACGAUGAGGGUCAAGUGUCCAUGGAAAUGUUAAUGAUGCCCGAGGGAUCUGUUGGCCCCACUAGACGUCAUAUACAUAAACCAGUUGUGUGCGGCAUUAAUGGUUAUUGUAUAGCGAAUGGUUUAGAAUUGGCACUUAUGUGCGACUUGCGUGUCAUGGAAGAGUCAGCCAUCUUGGGAUUUUUCAAUAGGCGUUUUGGUGUACCGGUCAUAGAUGGUGGCACCGUUCGUCUGCCCGCCAUGGUUGGUUUCUCCAGAGCAUUAGAUUUAAUUCUAACAGGUAGACAAAUCUGCGCCGAAGAGGCUCAUCAAAUUGGCAUAGCCAAUCGUAUAGUACCCACAGGCCAUGCUCUUAUUAAGGCUUUAGAAUUGGCCCAUCAAUUGGCUAAAUUCCCUCAAAGUGCCUUAAACCACGAUAGAAAUUCCUUAUAUUCAGCUGUCUUUGAUUCGGCCAAUUUCCAACAAGCCAUACAAAAUGAAAUUAUGUACACUUCCAAGGACAUAAUAGAUCAAAUGCAGGAGGGCAUUAAAUGGUUCAAUAGCACUUUUAAAGAGGAUACUGCCGAAUCAUGGCUUAAGCGUGACAAAUCAAUGGCCGAUUGGGAUGAUGAACAAGUAGCUGAAGCUGCAGCUAAAAUUGAGGCCGAGAAACAAGCCAAAGAAAGGGCUAAAAUUGAAGCUGAAAAGAAACUGAAAGAGGAAAAACAAAAGAAGAAAGAGAAAAAGGAAACCCCUAAAGAGCCAGAACAGAAAUCUGAUGAAACGGACAAACCAAAAAACGAAUAAAUUAUUGAUGCCUAUUUUUUAUUAUUUACCUAUUAAUGUUAAUUACUGUUAUAAUGAGAUUUUCUCAUGUAAAACGCUAAAGAAAAAGUCUUGAAUAACUACUAA